GUCCGAACUGCUUGCUGCCUGCCCUCCGCGCCAGGCGCCCCCAGCAGCAUGGUCUGGAACACCAAUCUCCGCUGGCGGCUGCCAGUCACCUGCUUGCUCCUGCAGGUGGCCCUGGUGGUCCUCUUCGGCGUGUUUGUGCGCUACGACUCCGAUGCUGACCCGCACUGGACCAACAAAAAGAUGCAAGAGAACUUCACCAGCGACCUGGAGAACGAAUUCUACUACCGCUACCCGAGCUUCCAGGACGUGCACGUGAUGAUCUUCGUGGGCUUCGGCUUCCUCAUGACUUUCCUGCAGCGCUACGGUUACAGCUCUGUGGGCUUCAACUUCCUGCUGGCGGCCUUCGGCAUCCAGUGGGCGCUGCUCAUGCAGGGCUGGUUCCACUCCUACUACCAAGGCUACAUUCACGUGGGCGUGGAAAACCUCAUCAAUGCCGACUUCUGCGUGGGCUCUGUCUGUGUGGCCUUUGGGGCAGUUCUGGGCAAAGUCAGCCCCGUCCAGCUACUCAUCAUGACUCUCUUCCAAGUGACCCUCUUUUCAGUGAAUGAGUACAUCCUCCUCAGCCUGCUAGAGGUAAAGGACGCAGGGGGCUCUAUGACCAUCCACACAUUUGGCGCCUACUUUGGGCUCACAGUGACCUGGAUCCUCUACCGACCCAGCCUACAGCAGAGCAAGGAGAGACAGAGCGCUGUGUACCACUCGGACCUCUUUGCCAUGAUUGGCACCCUCUUCCUGUGGAUGUACUGGCCCAGCUUCAACUCAGCUGUGUCCAACCACGGAGAUGCCCAGCACCGAGCUGCCAUCAACACCUACUGCUCCUUGGCAGCCUGCGUGCUCACCUCGGUGGCGCUGUCCAGUGCCUUGCACAAGAAGGGCAAGCUGGACAUGGUGCACAUCCAGAACGCCACGCUCGCAGGAGGGGUGGCCGUGGGGACGGCCGCUGAAAUGAUGCUCAUGCCUUAUGGCUCCCUCAUCGUUGGCUUCAUCUGCGGCAUUGUCUCCACCCUGGGUUUUGUGUACCUGACGCCGUUCCUGGAGGCCCAGCUGCGGAUCCAGGACACAUGCGGCAUUCACAACCUGCAUGGCAUUCCCGGCAUCAUCGGCGCCAUCGUGGGGGCCGUGACGGCGUCCUGUGCCACCAGUGAUGUGUAUGGAGUAAACGGGGUUGCCGUUGCCUUUGGCUUUGAUGGUUCCAAGACUAACUGGAACGCAAGCAUGCAGGGCAAGUUUCAGGCUGCUGGUCUCUUUGUGUCCCUGGCCAUGGCCCUGGUGGGCGGCAUCAUCGUGGGGAUUAUUUUGAAGUUGCCAUUCUGGGGGCAACCCGCUGACGAGAACUGCUUUGAGGAUUCGGUCUACUGGGAGAUGCCUGAGGAGCCAAAGAGCACGGUCUUGCACCCUGAGGACUCUACCCUCAAGCCCUCAGAACCUUAA